ACUUAUGGUUAUAACUAAUAAAGCCCUCCUUGUAUCAUUCCUGCAGGCUGCAACAAGAAAUAUAGUGUUGGAUCUUGAAAUUUACGUUCACUAACAUAAAGUAUUCAUUUGAAUUCUUUGAGAAAUUAAAGAGACUUACAGUCAUGGCAACAACAGGGCAAGAACAGAGUAGCAGUAGCAGUAACACCAGACUCCAGAAAUGGUCCCUUCAUGGGAAGACGGCUCUAGUUACUGGUGGUACCAGAGGUAUCGGGUGUGCAAUUGUGGAGGAACUAGCAGGAUUUGGAGCAAUUGUUCAUACAUGUUCAAGAAACCAGAAAGAGCUUGAUGAGAAGAUACAAGAAUGGCAAGUAAAAGGAUUUAAAGUGACUGGUUCUGUUUGUGAUUUGUUUUCUAAAGAACAGAGAGAAAAGCUCAUUGAAACAGUUUCCUCUGUGUUUGAAGGCAAGCUCAAUAUACUGGUGAAUAAUGCGGCAAUAAGUAUGAUAAAACGUGCUGCGGACAUAAGUGCAGAAGAUUAUUCAAAGAUUAUGGGAACCAAUGUGGAGUCCCCUUUCCACAUGACCCAAAUUGCUUACCCUCUCCUGAAAGCAUGUGGAAAUGCUAGCAUUGUCUUCAUUUCUUCCCUUGCUGGUUCUCUAGCACUGCCUGCUCUUUCUGUCUAUGGAGCUUCUAAAGGUGCAAUCAAUCAACUCACGAAAUUUUUGGCAUGCGAAUGGGCUUGUGAUGGAAUUCGUGUUAACACAGUCUCUCCAUUCGCUGUCAAAACCAAUAUUUUGAAAGCGGAGGAUAUUGACCCGUCACUAUUGGGGAAUUAUUCUGAAUUGAUGUGUAGAACACCAUUGAAACCAAUAGCAGAGCCAGAUGAGAUAUCGCCAUUGGUAGCAUUCCUUUGUCUUUCUGCUGCUUCACAUAUUACUGGUCAAAUCAUUCAUGUUGAUGGUGGAUUUUCAGCUGGUAGUUUCAAAUUUCAGUCCUAAAUACCAAAAAUAGAAAGAAAAAUAGAACAUGGGUUGCCAAUUAUUUUCCUCUUUAUUCUUUUUUAUAUCAACAAUGUUCUUGUAAGCUAAGGUUGGAUCUUUAAUUUCUUGACGUAUGAUUGUCAGUAAACAGAAUAUUUAGUUU